UUGCUUUAACUUUUUCCGCACCAUGUACAGUCCCAGAGUAGGUCCUACUAUUAGGUGGUACAGGGAAUACCAGCGUUGGGUGUCGAUUAGACAGAAUGAAGGAGACGAGGACAGUUGUAGUCCCAGUGAUCGGCAUUCCAGGUAGCGGCAAGUCCACUUUGUGUAGGAUGCUGCAGAAAUGUGCGCAAGAACAGGAAGACACAUACACCAUCGACAUGCUCUGUUACGACGACCUGUUUGACGGCUAUGCGACUAAAGAUAGGGAAGCUAGGAAGGAUGAUACAUAUAUCGCAGACACAGGUGCCAUGACAAGCGAAACCGGCAAACGUGUAGUAGAAGACAUGUUUGCGAUUCAAACCGGUAUCAGUUUACCCCCAAAGAGAAAGGAUCAAGGCAAGCAUAGUACAGAUGAACACACACACGAAAGUUUGGUCGAAGGCACGUAUGCAACCGAGGCUGGUGCAAACAAGCACGCAAACCGACGCAAUACUGCUGGCAUGAGGGCGAAGGAGGCUGCAUCGGCAGAAGGCGGUACAGCGGCUGAGGGCUAUGCUGACUGA